AUGGCCAGUCUAGACCGCCCACCACCCUCCACCGCCGCCAUAGCUGCCGCCGCAGCCAUCGUCUCUUUUCUCCUUGGCUACUAUAUAGGCCAAGCACGCUCGAUUGGCCUCUUCCGGCCCGAGUCCAAAUCCACACCCUCUGCCGCAGACCUACGCCACAAAGAACAUCCCUCUCCCGCCCUGAGCAGCGAUGAUGCACACUCCUCGGAUGAUGAGCUCGGCGAGCUCAACACCUUCCCCGGCCACGAAGAGUGCAAGCUAGUGCUUGUCGUGCGUACGGACUUGGGCAUGACCAAAGGCAAAAUCGCCGCCCAGUGCUCCCAUGCCACCCUCGCAUGCUACAAAGCCCUGAUGCGCGCAGAUGCAGCACAUCCCCUGCUCCGACGCUGGGAGCGACUAGGGCAGGCCAAGGUCGCACUGAAGGUCGACGGUGGCGAAGACGACCUGCUCGUCUUGCAAGCCCAAGCCCUCAGCCUGGGUAUAUGCGCGCAGAUUAUUCACGAUGCCGGCCGCACGCAGAUCGCCAGCGGCUCCGCGACGGUGCUCGGCAUUGGGCCCGCGCCUAAGAGUAAAAUCGACGAGGUGACGGGGCAUCUCAAGCUGCUGUGA